AUGCAGCCUCUCGCCUGGGCCAGUAUAGUACUCGCCGCCUCAGCAGCCCAAGUGGUUGCGGAUCCAUCUCUGACAGUGCGGACUAAGACUGGUAUCUUUACUGGUCUUCAUAACUCGGAAUUCAGCGCAGUGCGCGAAUUUCGUAACAUUCCGUUCGCACAAUCUCCAGUUGGACCGCUGCGUUUCCAGCCCCCAGAGCCGCUGUCGCCUUCAUCGAAGCAUCACGAUUCGACACAGUUUCCGCCUUCAUGUCCCCAAUUCGUAUCCAGCAAGCCCAUCUUCUUCAGUCAGGUUACCCCUUAUUUGCUUGCAGAUAAUGGUAGCCAGAAUCACUCAACUGGACUCACCUUACAAAAGUCAUCCGAGGACUGCCUGAGACUUGCCAUCUGGACGCCGUACGGAAUUUCCCAUGAUGCAAAGCUGCCUGUCGUCUUUUUCAUGACAGGAGGGGGCUUCAAAACCGGCGGAGUUGACGUGCCUGCUCAAAUACCAUUGGAAUGGGUCAAUCGAACUCAGGAGCACAUCGUGGUAACCAUCAACUAUCGGGUCAAUAUCUUCGGCUACCCCAAUGCCGCCGGGCUGAAGAACCCGAACCCCGCCAUGCUAGACCAGCGUCUCGCUCUCGAAUGGGUUCACGAAAACAUCGCCGCGUUUGGUGGAAACCCCGAGGCCAUUACUAUGUGGGGGCAGUCUGCUGGGGCAAUCAGUACAGACUACCAUAACUAUGCUUUCUGGGACAACCCUCUUGUCCAAGGCACUUUUUCACAGUCCGGCACAGCUAUAAAACAGCUGACGUCUUCUGAUUAUGCUCAAUCCAACUUCACCUUUGUAGCCAAACACGUUGGCUGUGAUUUCACUGAUAAUGUGUCGAAAGAGCUGGAGUGCAUGCAGAAGGUCCCCAUGGCCAAGAUUGAGAACUUCGUUGGUCGGUACACUGGAGAACCGGGGUUGACAUUUGGACCUAUCGCCGAUGAAAAAUUCAUUUUCUCCGACUACCCAGCACGAGCGACUGCAGGGAAGAUGUCGCCUCGCCCAGCGAUUUUCUCUGAUGCCGCCAAUAACGAUGCCAGCUUGACUUCAUGGCCUUCAUCAAACGUCACAGAAGGCCCGUAUCAGCCUACAGUUGAUGCAGGAACAUUGUCUGGCUGGGUGUGCCCGACAGCUAAUACAAGUAUUCUUCGUGCGGCUGCCAACCGAAUCACAUAUCGAUACCAGUACGCGGGUGUCUGGCCAAACCAGAACCCUUACAAAUGGACAGGCAGCUUCCAUUCGUCGGACUUGAUGAUGUUCUUUGGAACGUACUUAUACAACGCCACUCACACUUCAUCUAAACCUUCUGAUGCAGAAAUCAAGACAAGCCAGGCAAUGCAAGAUCAUCUCUUGGCUUUUAUGAAAGAUCCGAAGAAGGGCCCCGCUGCAUUGGGCUGGGAUCCGUAUACCUAUGGGGGCAAAGUUCUCCGGUUCGGAGCAGACGGAAUUCCAGUUCAAAUGGUCAGCGGGUAUGACAUUGAUGGACCCUGCUUUGGCAAUGGCACAUAUGAUGCAUUUCCCUAG